GCAGCAUUUCGAGGCUUGCCAUUUGCUAUCACCUAUGCACAUUCUGCUUCCUUAGACGCGGCCAUCUGAGAUAAGACAUUGUGAGAGGUAAAGUGAGGUUGUAAUAUGCCAGGUCCCAACCAUCCCAAAGAGGCAGUCGACACCAUCAAGAUGAGCCAGAACACGGAGCGAAACGCGAGGGCAGCCGAACCAUGAGGAGACACCUCUAACACAGACCGGGAUACCUCUCAUCAUGGUGUGUGAUGCACAGCGAUGCGCCUGCGUCUCUCAUCCUGUUCACCGACUCCACCAGCGGCAUGGAAUUUGACUCCUUCCCGCUUGGGGUGGUCCUAGUUUUCUUUUUGUCUCGCCUUUUUUUUUGCGGUCGACCAGUGAGUGUGGUUUUACAACGCUGACACCCCCAAGCCCAAGCCUCCUUCUCCUGCAACCACACACAAGCUUACUACAACCGUCCAUUCUUCGUACGCUCCGGCCGCAGCAGGAUACGUACCUCGCCUGGCUCUAGGACCUUGGAGUCAAGAAGCACUUCCUCGCCUUACUUUCCGCCCUCCCCUUCUUCCUCUUUUCUUCUUCACCAUGAGCGCCCCCGCCGACUCUGCCCAACCUCUGGCGUCGACCAGCAACGAUCAGGCUCCCACCUCUGCUGAUAUCACCACCAACAAUGCCUCGAGAGGACAGUCCGCCUCCGCCUCCGCCAGUGCCUCCGAACUCGCCCGUACAAAGAUAACUCUCCAGGGCGCCCUCAAGUCGUUCCAGGACUUUCCCAUUCCCGGUAUCAACUUCAUCGAUAUCCUCCCCUUGUUCCAGGACCCCGCCAUCCACAACGCCCUGCUCCGCGCCCUCGAGCUCCAGGUGCUCGAGUUUGUUGGCGGCUUGAAGCCCGAUGUGGUUGUGGGGUUGGAUGCGCGGGGUUUCCUCUUCGGCCCGUCGCUCGCCCUGAAGCUCGAUGCGAGCUUCGUGCCCGUCCGCAAAAAGGGCAAGAUGCCCGGCCCCUGCGUGACGGCUGCCUAUGAGAAGGAGUACGGCACCGACUUUUUCCAGAUGCAAGAGGGUGCUAUCAAGCCGGGCCAGAAGGUCCUGGUCGUGGAUGACAUUAUUGCUACCGGUGGAUCUGCCGCGGCCGCUGGCACCUUGGUGAAGCAGCUCGGAGGUGAGCUGGUCGGCUAUCUCUUCAUCCUCGAGAUUGCCUUCCUCAAGGGCCGUGAGAAGCUCGGUGGCGUUCCUACCAUUACUCUCCUCGAGACGGAUGAGUAAAAUAGCUCAGCCGACAUCGGUGCUUACACACUGACAACACACACGCAACAACACAAUUCGGCGGGCUCUUAUCCGACAUAUCCAUAUUCGACGGUUUCCGGGCUUUCUUAUUUUUCAACAUGAAACAGUUUAAAUACCCCUACAUUUGUUUUUUCUUACACGGGAUGAUUAUUCGUCAAUGAUGGGUGUGUGCGCGUGUGGAUUUUUCUUGGCCGAUAGACUACUACUCCUACUGUGAUCUUCGGGCAGACGGCAUGGGAGCUUUACUGGAUGGGCGUUGUGGUUUGUUCAAAAAUCCGGAGUGGUGAUUUGUGAUGUGGUUGUGGGCAAGGACAUCAUCACUAUCAGGGAAAGUAAUCAAGUAGACUUUGGGGCUUGCUGAUUGUUUCUCUUGUUGUACUACCACUACCUACACUCUCGCCACGUUGCUUCGGUUGUGGGCGACGGGCAAAAAUGAAUAAAAAAAAUAACAUAAGAAUCGCUCUUUCAUAGGUUCAUGUGAGAUAUGGGACCAGAAUAAUAUCUUCUCG